GACUGCGUCAUUGCCAGCGUGGCAGGAGAAGAGAAGAGAAGAGAGAAUAAAGUAUGACCUUCCUCAGUUUAAGGGAUAUGAUGACCAUGCUGAGACUCUCGGUUAUUUUUCCAGUAGGAGUAUUGCUUGUGAGGACAAUGGCGUGGACCUCCUCUGGAAGCUCACAUUCAUAUCUAAUCCAGAAUCUUAAAAAAAAUGGCGUGAUUCGCUCACAGCAAGUGUUUGAUGCUAUGAUGGCUACAGACCGGGGACUGUAUUGCAGAACUAAUCCAUACGCGGAUUCUCCACAGUCUAUUGGUUAUCAGGCCACCAUUAGCGCACCUCACAUGCACGCACAUGCACUGGAAUGUCUGAAGAAUCAUCUGCAAGAAGGGGCUCGCGCUCUGGAUGUGGGCUCUGGAAGUGGCUACCUGACUGCCUGCAUGGCUCGAAUGAUGGGAGACGCAGGGUUAGUGGUUGGAAUCGACCACAUCCCAGAACUAGUGGAACAAUCCGUUCGCAACGUGGAGUCGGAUAAUGCCACAUUGCUCAGUUCAGGCCGGGUCACACUGAUUGCGGGAGAUGGUCGCCGUGGUUACCCAGAAAAAGCGCCCUACGAUGCCAUUCAUGUGGGUGCAGCUGCGGCUGUAGUUCCUCAGGACUUGCUGCAUCAGCUGAAGCCUGGUGGUCGUAUGGUUGUUCCAGUUGGUGCGAGUGGGGGAAGUCAGUCAUUACAGCAGUUUGACAAAAAAGCAGAUGGAACCAUUCUCCGCACCAUACUGAUGGGAGUGAUAUAUGUGCCCCUGACGGAUCGGGACACGCAGCUAAGAGGGUCUUGCGUCGGUUUUCGUUCUCUUGUCGGUUGCUGGAGAGUCCAGGCUGCCUUCGCUCCACACACAGAUCGGGAGUACUGCCCAGGGUCUGUCUGCUACCUGACAGGCACAAAAAGUGACAUAUUAGGAAAACUGGUCUCCCUUAUGUACAGCUCUACCAGCAUUGUUGCUGAUCUUCUGAAUCCACUCGCCAAUCAGGCUGCCCGAUGGAGCAGAGAAAAGGUACUCACUUCCGUUACUCAGUCUAUCAGGAAAAACACGAUAGAUAGUAUUUCAUGACAGUGCCUCCCACAUCAAACACACCAGAUGCAACGUCUCUCUCUCUCUCACACACACCCCUCACUUACAUUGUCUCACUGACACACUCAAUACACAUAUAUGCAUGUGCACACACAGGAACUGACACACUCAAUACACACUGUCACUCUGUCACAUGAUUUCAGAGUGGCUGUGCAUAUAAACAGUGUGCCAAUGAAUCUUCAAAACUCUCUUCACCCCCCCUCCCCCCACAAACCCCCAGCCAUAUCAGAUAGAGGAGCUUGAGGUUAGUGUUAGAGUUUAAUCUCUCUACAGUGAUCUCUCAGGGUCACGGGGAGACACUGUCCCAAACCAAGUAAAGUUUAGGCUUCAUUUGUUGAGCUGAUGUUACGUACUGUAAGCAGAAAGUGUGUGUCUUGUCCGUAGAGUCGGCAGCUUCCUCACACCGAGCAUCACUGAUCACAAGGGUUGGAGAGCAAGGAGAAUCCUAUAGACAGAGACAGGAACACACGAAGCUUAGGAAGGGUCUGCUUAAAGAGAACAUGGCGAGGCAUAGAGCCAAGAACAGAGGAGUUUAAAGGAAACUGGACACCUCAGACAAGGAUUGCUUAACGGGGCAGAACAUCACUCAAAGUAAGAAAAUAAUUGAACACCUGCAUUUAUGUAGUGCCUUUCACACCUACCAGAGCUGUAUUCAGCCACCAAAAUAUCUCACACACUGAAUCUCACUGGAGUACAGCUCCCAUAUACACUCAUUGGGGUACAGCUCCCACAAAUGCACUAAAUCUCCACUGGGGCACAAUCCCACACACAAAGACUCUCACUGGGGUAUGACUAUCAUACAGACACUGAAUCUAAAUUGGAUAUCGGUCCUAUGUGCGGUGACUCUCACUGGAGUACAGGGCUCCCCCCCCACCACCAUCACCACCACCACAUACACGCACCGACUCUCACUAGGGUCUGGUCCCACACAUAUUGACUCUCACUAGGGUGUGGUCCCAUACAUGCACUGACUCUCACUGGGGUACAGCUCCCACCACACCCCAGUGAGAGUCUGCGUGUGGGUCCCACACAUGCUGACUCUCACUGGGGUGUAGUCCCACACACACUAACUGUCACUGGGGUAUGGGAUAGUUUCACACACAUACACAUGCUCUUACAGUGCUAUGGUUUCAGUACACAUCAAACUCAGAAAUUCUGACUGCUUCUGCGAAUAAGUAAUACUUAAAUUCCUGCACUGGCAGAGGAUUUCACCAUUUAUUUGGAAGCCAACCUCAUUACAGAGGAAGCUUUAUUCAAUUUCUUAAAGUAUCGUAACUGUCUAGGAGUGUCUGAUCAGGACCUUGCUGACUAGGUGCUUUACUGUGCAUCAGAUCCACUGCUCUGCCUGUCUUGGAAGUGUAUGGGGACAGUGUAGAGAAAGAGACUUACACUUUAUUCUGUCUGUGCUCUCCCUGUCCUGGGAAUUUUGGAAGGGAUAGUGUAGAAGUAGCUUUCUUCUGUAUUUGUCCCUGUGCUGGCAGGAUUUUAUGGAGACAGUAUAGAGAAGCCUUUACUUUCGGUUUAAAUAGAGUAGAGAGAGCUCUACUUUGUAUCAUCCCAGUGCUGUGCUUGAUUAGAAAGUGAAUGUAGAUGAAUUCUAUUCCUCAGUAUCCUGGUCUCUCAGUUUGAUUAAUCCAACUCUCAUUCCAUCUCUCUGCAGUGUUAUCUGCUGAAUAGC